UAUCUGCAAAACGAGACUGAACGGAAGUCAACACACUGGUCGCGGGAGAUUUUUACAUGAUACGAUGAAUUCGCCUGACGCUAAAAAACAGAAAUUGCAGUGCGGAGACGGAUCUGAUGGUCAGAUUAACGUUGCCGACACAGGAGAAUUUAGUUUUAGUGACAAACCAACAUUAGAUGACAUACGAAAGGUACAGCACGAGUUUUGUAAAGAAAGGAACUGGGACCAAUUUCACACCCCAAGAAAUAUACUUUUGGCCAUGGUAGGAGAAGUAGGGGAAGUGUCAGAGUUAUUUCAGUGGAGAGGUGAAGUAAAAGAAGGAUUGCCAGAUUGGUCAGAAAAAGACAAAAAACAUCUAGCACAGGAGCUCAGUGAUGUGUUGAUUUACCUUGUUCGAUUAAGUGAAAGGUGCCACAUUGACUUGCCAGCUGCAGCAUUGGAAAAAAUAGAAAUGAACAAAAAGAAGUACCCUGCACAUGUAGUGUAUGGUUCCAGUAAAAAAUACUCGGAAUAUGAUCUCAAGGAAUAACACAGCCCAUAAGUGUAGAUGCACUCUUUACAUUUUAAUUGACUUUUUGAACUAAUUUGUAGCUUACGUUGUAAUGUUUUAAAUGUAGAAUAGAAAAAACUUUUGUAUGUUUUCAGUUAUGCUUAGUGUUGUGAACAAAUUUAUGGUUUGGGUGGAUAGUUACAGAUCACUCCUUGGAUUUUAAUUAGAUUUUUUUAAUAACAUGUAAUAAAAAAUGAACAGAGGUCCUAUCAAAUUAAGAUAUAAUUUUCAUAAAGUGUGAUAUCUCUGUACUAGUACAUGUAACUAAAAAAUGAGGGUAAUGUUGAAAAGGAAAGUGUCUGGAGAUUUCAACUUUGCUUGACCCAUUUUCAAGGUCAAAUGGGAGAUAAAAAGUUUAAAUGAAAAAUUUUUAUGUACACUCUGACCUGAAACCCUGUUUUGGUGACAUCUUUUGGAUGUCCACACUGACAUGGAUACGUGAUUAAAAAUUGCUGGUGAUCACGUAGUUUAGUGUUAUGUAAUAUUAUUUUGUGCACCUUUUUAUUUUGUACAUUUGGCAGCUUUACUGCCUUGUUUUGACUACA